AUGUCUUCGAACGAAAAUCCAACUGAUUCAUCCGCCAUCAAGGAAUUCGGCACGAAGCUGAAACUAUUUGAGCGAACUAGCAAAGGGGAACCAACACAGACAAGAAACCCAGACACUCCGCAUAUGAAAAGAUCUGGUCCAUUCCAAAAUCAAGUAACAACCGAAAGAGAGUCACCGUCUCCGAAAACGUAUCUGACGACGCAUGAUUCUAGCGUCUUCAAAAAGCCUCAAUGUCUGAUCAGCGCGAUAGAAGCAAAUACACUUAAAGUAUGUGAUGAUGUCCUUGACGAGAUUUCCCGCAUAGACAAGCCAUGUGUCAUCGUGUCAAUUGCGGGGUUAUACAGAACAGGAAAAUCUUAUUUAAUGAAUCGACUAGCUGGCACACAAGAAGGUUUUGCACUCGGUGACACGAUAGAGUCAAUGAAGAAAGGCAUCUGGGUUUGGUGUAGGGUCCACCCUGAACAGAAGGACACUGUGCUAAUACUUCUGGACACGGAAGGGUGGGAAGACAUUGAAAAGGGGGAUUCAAACCACGACAACCGCAUUUUCACCCUCGCUACACUGCUGUGCAGCACCCUUGUGUACAACGUGAAGGGAGCGUUUGAUCAGGAGGCUGUUAACAAACUCACCAUUCUUCCUGGGUUUGUGCUCGCUUUGAGAGAUUUUUCGCCAAAAUUUCUAAAAGGAAAAGGGCAGCUUAAACCAGACGAAUACCUGGAAGAAGGCCUGGAAAAUAAACUGGGAAAAAGUGCUUCUUUCAACAAACCCCGGGAGUGCAUCCGAAAAUUCUUUCCGCAGGACAAACGGAAAUGUUUUGCGUUCCCUGUGCCUGAAGAUGCUGAUACUUUGGACAACCUAGAUAGCCUUCAAUCUCAAGACCUUUGGCAGAGAUUUCAGACCGUUGCAACACUUUUUGUGUCAUAUAUAUACAGGCAGGAACCAAAGCAACUCCAAGUUAGCAAACUAGUCAACGGACCUAUGUUUGCCACACUUAUCAGAAGGUAUGUGGACGCUUUUGCAAAGGGGGUUGUGUCUGAUGUUGACGAUGCAUUUUCAACGGUUGCUAAAAUCGAAAAUGGGAGAGUCAAAGACGAAUGCAUGGACAUGUUUCGAUCCAGAAUAAACGAUAUACAGUUGCCUCUUCCAUCAAAAUCGCUGGAUAAGCAUUUCAAGGAAGCCCGAUGGUCAGCGCUUGAAUACAUGCGUACUAAUGCUGUACAGGAUGUCGCCAAUGUUGUUGAAAGGGAGGCCCAGAUGGAAAUGGACUUGUUAUGGCAACAGUUUCAAAGUCAAAAUAAAGAAGAAAUAGAGAAGCAUUGCACAAAAGUACUUUCAGGUUUGUCAUCCUUCAGCAACUUGCAAGCGAGGCUACAGAACGCAGAUUAUGAAGUACUUGGAGGACAUAGAAAAUUCAAACGAGACGUCGACAUGAUUGGAUUGGUUUGGAGCAAUUUCGCAAGCGACCUUCGUCCAGAAGAAAUAAAAAUCCUUGAAAAAGACAAUGAACUUUCUGUGGAAGAAAAAGCGAGUUCGUUCGCUAGGGUCCCCUCCGCUGCCCUCACCGCUGCCCUCAUCUCCGCCACGUAUCCAUACGGACUUACCACUGAAAGUGCCUUAGGCACAGAUGAGUUAGGUAAAUUAGAUGCCUUCAGGUCAUGUACCUCCAAAACAGAUGAACUUAACAAGUGUGUAUCAAAUCUGUCUAAAAUUCUCUUCAAUGUCCAUUCAAAUUUAACAAUCGUUACUGGAGGAAGGAAACGUGUCGAUUCGAUACAAGGGGAAUACAGCUCACUCCGUCUCCAAUUAUAUGUUGAUGUCAAAGGUAAGAUACCACUUAAAGAGGAGCCGUUCGAGAAAUGUUACAACAAUAUUCCUGUUGAAGUUUUGCAAGGAACGUUCCAACUUUACACAAACAACUCAGCAACGGCUAGACAAGAUGAGCUAAAAAUUGGUUGUCAAAUCAUGGGAUCAGAAUUAGAUGGAACUACUGGAACUCUUGGUGGUUUUACAGACCAUCCUGAAUACGGGCUUUGUGGGUUAACUUGUGCCCAUGUUCUCCUCAGCAAUUAA